AUGGCUCAUGAAUUGAUGAGAGGCAUUGGUGCUAAAAAGGCAAAGCCUAGGCUAGCUUGGAAGAUUGAUCUAAGGAAGGCAUAUGAUACCGUUCAAUGGUCCUUUCUGUUUAAAUUGAUGCAGUUGUUUGGUUUUGGCAAGAAAUGGAUCAGUUGGAUUCAUAAGUGUAUAACUUCAGUUUGGUUUUCUGUUGUUGUCAAUGGAUCCCCAAAUGGUUACUUUCAACCUGAGAGAGGGAUGAUGCAAACUGAGGUUCAAUGUGGUAAGGUUAUUCCUACUGAAGCUGCAGUUCAAGCUGGCAUUCCUAUCACUCACCAGUUUUUUGCUGACGAUUUGCUUAUUGUGUUUGAAUAUACUUCUGGUUUGGCAGUGAGUAAAGAGAAAUCAGAAGUUUUUCUUACUGAUUCUGUUAGAAGAAGGUCUACUAUUUUGAGAGCUCUUGGUUGUAAGAGUGGGAAGCUUUAUUUCACUUACCUUGGUUUACCAAUUUAUGAUAAAAUACUCCGAAGUAGGGAUUGUAUUAAGUUGGUUGAGAAUGUUAUUUCUCUCACAACUAGAUGGAAUGGCUUAUAUGUUUCUAUGGCUGGUAGAGUGGAGUUAGUUAGAGCUUGUAUUCUUCCUUUGGUCUUAUAUUGGACUUCUGUGUAUUCUCUACCUGAUGUGGUUGUUAACCUGAUUGAGAGGAGAAUAAGUAACUAUAUUUGGGGGCAUGUAAAAGAUAGAAAGAAAUUACAUGGUCUAAGAUGGAAUAAGAUUACUGCUCCUAAGGAAGAAGGUGGCUUGGGGCUGAGAAGAUUGGUGGAUAUUGAUAUGAGGGAUGCUGAUUCAUCUAUUUGGAAAAGCAUCGUUGCAGUUAGAGAUGUGAUCAAAGUGAAUUGCAGAUAUAAAAUUGGUAAUGGACAUAAUAUCAAAUUGUUUUUGGAUCCUUGGUGUGAAGAGUUGUUGGGGGAGAAGAUCAACUUAAUUGGGUUUCUAACUUCAGUUUUAAGGCUGCUUGGGAGGCCUGCAGAAGUCCUAAUCUACCUAUUUACUAGGCAGAUUUGUGUUGGAAUGGAGGCAGACCUAGAUGAAACUUUGGAUCAUUUGUUUUGUAAUUGUCCUUAUGCUUGGGCUGUGUGGUCCACUAUGUCAAAUAUUUUUUCUUGGAAUUUACAGAAAGCUGGUGAUGUUCAGGAAUUGGCUACGGCUUUUAUACAAAAAUUCCAAGGAAAGAAGAAUAAAUUUGGGAGGAUACUUUUCACUGCAGGAAUGUAUUUCAUUUUGAGAGAAAGAAAUGAGAGAGUGCACAAUGAUAUAUGUAAAGCUUCUUUGGAAUUAGCUAAGACUGUGAUUUGGGAGGUUCUUGAUGUUAAGGGGGUAAUACUUCAAGAUGUCUUGUAA